AUGAGUCAAGUGAAGGAGAUACAAGAUGUGACGGAUAGCGACGAAGGCAAGCAGAUCAUAAGGAGCUUGAACUGCUUGAACUACAAGCAGGGAAGCAGUGGAUUCGGCGAAAUCGACAACAUUCUACGAAUUCCUAAUCCCGCGAAGAGGCGACAAAUCGGGUACGAUGAAUACCCGAACUUCGAGAGGCAGUACAUACAGAACAUCAAUAUUCCGACCGCUGCCAAGACGGAGGGUGACAACGACCAAAACCUAAACCAAGACGACAAUUAUCACUUCCUGAUGAGCUUGUUGCCGUACUUGCGCGAAGUGCCUAAAAACAGGAAAAUGGCGAUCCGACACAAGUUGCAGAGAGUAUUUGUCGAGGAACAGGAGCGGAAAAGUGGCGGUAGAAACAUUAAUGUGAACUACCCGAACUCAAAUGAUUUUCGCACGCCAUACCCCAACAUGUUCAUGACGAAUCCCAUGAACCAAUCGCAGCAGACUCCGAGGCUUCCGCCACCUCCGUAUCCUUAUAAACAAGACGUCUUCUACAACUACGUUCCGUCUGCGGCGGGGACGUCGGCGUCGAUGCAGCCAAUGCCAAAAGCUAUACCCUCGACGUCUACGCUCCUUGGCAAUCUUAUCGUCCAGCAGCAGCCGAUUUUUCCGGCAUACCCGGUGUCGGUUGGUCUGCCGAGUGGACAUCAGCAAUACUACAACGCCAAGGCCAAUAACAACGCCAAAAACAACAACAGCUCUUUUAGCUACAACGCCAUCACCGUGGACAAUAACAACGCCAACAAAAAUAACAACAACAGCUCAUUUGGCUACAACGCUACCGCCAUGGGCAGCAACAACGCCAACAACAACAGCUCUUUUGGUUACAACGCCACCGUCUUGGACAACAACAACGCCAACAACAAAACCUCUUUUAGCCAUACCACCGUGGACAACAACAACAGCUCUUUUGGCUACAACGCCACCACCGUGGACAAUAGCAACGCUAACAAAAAUAACAACAACAGCUCAUUUGGCUACAACGCCACCGCCGUAGACAACAGCAACGCCAACAAAAAUAACAACAACAGCUCAUUUGGCUACAAUGCCACCGCCGUAGACAACAGCAACGCCAACAACAGCUCUUUUAGCUACAACGCUAACACCGUGGUCAACAAAAACGCCAACAACAACAGUUCUUUUGGUUACAACGCCACCGCCGUGGACAACAACAAUGCCAACAACAAAAGCUCUUUUACUCAUAACCCUACCACCGUGGAGAAGAAAAACGCCAACAACAACAGCUCUUUGAGCUACAACGCCACCGCCUUGGACAACGAUAACGCUACUUUUACUUAUCAGUCGGGGGUAAAUGAAGAACCUCAAACCUUUACGUACUUGCAAUAA